CGGCGGUGCAGUUCCCACGACAGUUCGGAGUUUGAAACCUGUAUUAUCGACACAGAAGCUGAGAAGAAAAUGUACCACUGUAACAACUCCAUUUGUUAUCUUUUAUGAAUAAAGGUGUUGCCGCGAGAGCUUUUUCCUGUAAGUAAGUCCCACUUCUGUCUUUUGGUUGAAUUGUUGACCGUUAACGUAUGGCGUUGGUCUAAGAUAAACGUUAUCGCCAGUGUUAGCGGAGCGCUGUACGUGUUUGUUGUUUUGAAUAAAUAGAUAAUAGAUAUGUUUAUUUGUUAAACAUGAUAUCUGAACUCCACAGGUGUCAACAUGAAGUGUUUAAAGGCGGAGGAGUACAUCAGAAGGACUUCCUCUGUGAAGGACGCGAAGCUUUUAUUUCAGGAACUAGAGGUCAGCAUCAUCAUCAUCACUAUUACAUGGGACCAGAUUAGACCCAGACAUUUUCACAGUUUUAGCCAAAAUAUAGUAUUUUGAUUUAUAUCCCACAGCAUUAAGGACAUAUUUAAAUUUCAGAAAAACUUAUUUUCCCGUCUCAGGCAUUGGUUUUCAUUUAUUAUUUGUCCUUAUUUCAAGUUGUGGUCACUGUUUUUCUUCAACCCCGUUAUGGACAAUACGUAAGCUCUCUGAGUAUGAUCAAAAAUAUAUAGUUCCAAAGAAAGCAAAGGUAUUUUUAUAUCAGUCAGGUGUCCCCCACACUAUUUCAAUAAUUUCAUACAAAAAUGACCCAAAAGCUUAAACACUUAAACAUUUUUGCUGCCCUUAAGCCUUACAUGUACCUAUGUGUAAAAGCACUGUUGUGUUUUUUUUAAUCAAAAACUUACUUUUACUGAAAAAUUGUAUUUAAAAUCCAUGAUCUUAAGAUAUAUACACACACACACACACACACACACACACACACACACACAUAUAUAUAUAUAUAUAUAUAUACACACACACACAUAUAUAUAUAUAUACACACACACACACUGUGGGACAUAAAAGAAAUUUAGAGUACAAACCUUUAUUUUUACCCUAGAAUCAAGUUACACACAAAUAUACACAAACAGAAUUUCAAACCCAAACUAAUGAAUUUACUUAACACAGAGCGUCUAACUUAUCUCGUAGUUUGUAAAUGAUUUUGUUCUUAUUUUGUAGGAGUUUGUGAAGAGUCAUCCUGGCAUUCAGGGCCGCACACUUUGUGACAGGGUGAUCAGAGCCUGUAAUCAUCACCUUGGGACUGGGUCUCUGGACUUUGACCAUCUUAGUCAGUUGGUUAAGCUGGUGGAGCUUGCCCUCCAUGGAUAUGAUGCUUUUGCAGCCCUUAUUGCCCAGAGCAGUCCUCUGUACAUGGAAAAGAUCAUUUUCCACAUUGUUAAGAAACUAAGCUCACUUGGAGCUCACAGCCUAUGCAGCCAUGUAGCUGGGUUGCUUUUCACAAGGCUAACCCCAGCCCAACAGGUGAGUAUCUUCUUCUAAUCUACAGAAUGUAUUUAAAAUGUCUUGCAUAUUUAACCAACAGCACUAACAAAACUAUCACUAUUGCAUGGCCAACAGGGUGAGGACUACUGUGUCCUUGUGCGGAGCUGCUUCUCAGUUCUCUGGAAUGGACUUUCUGCAUCUAAAGAGAGUAAAAUCGAGAAUCCCCGUGACAGGUUCCACUGCCAGAUACAAGCUCUGAGCUUCCUUCUGCUGCUGGACACGGACAGCUCUAUCCCUUCUCUCUCCAAAGCUCCCAUUUACACAGAGGAUGCCAUCAAUGAAUAUGAGAGCAGCUGCAGAGGGAUAUCCACGGAUGAUGCUUCUUUUCUUCUGCAGGAAAUGAACACACUUUUUAGCAGCUGUUGGACUAGUGGUCAAAGCUGUGAUGGGGACAGGUCUAAGCAGUCUGCUGUAACAUCAAGUUCAUAUGUGCUCUCAGAAAUGGUGCUGGUAAUAGUUAAGCUGCUUUGUAAAACUUGCCAUCAUGGUCCGGCCUUCACCUUCUUGAAUGACAUUGAGAGCAAGUUUAUGGACCAUGCUGACUGUCAACAUACAGCUAUAAUGCUUGGGAAAUGGGCUGUCAAAUUUCAUUCCACAGUGAAAGCUGGUGGGGAGAGCAGCCAGGCUUUAAAGGAGUGUGCAAGGGCAUUAAGGUCUCUGUCAGCUGACCUGGGGAAUCAAGAAGCUCAUUCAGUUCUGGAAGGAUGUGGACUAGUUAUGUGGGUUGUGGAAAGUGGCAACACCAAGGGAUUAAGUGGACCUGUGCUCCUGGCUUGGUUUUCAUUUCUUGAGGAGUACCAAGAGCAGAUAAUGAGGAUGUUAAAGAAGGUGAGAGCAGUUACUGACCAGCUGUGGAUAUCUGUGGAAGUGUCAGUCUUGGAAGUUAAAAUACCAGAUUAAUUUCAACCAAGGUUAGUUAUUUUCUCUGUGCUAGUAAGUGACUUGGCCUUUGCUCUAUUUACAGAACCCAAAAUGCCAGGCUGAAAGCAGCAGACUGCAACAUGCACUUUGUUUCAGUAUCUACCAGGGUUUUGUAUUUGCUUACGAGAGCAUGCUGGCUUCACAGGUGAGGCUGAUUCUGCAAUGUCCAGUUUUUAUGAUGCCGAUUAUUUCAUUAAGAAAUCAAAGACAGAAGUCAUACACAGUCCCAGCAUGUUUUCAGAGUUGUACUUGGUGGUUUCAUCUUACAGUGUUGUCUUUUUUUCCCCCAGCUGGAGGACAGUAGCACUAUGGACAGAGUGCUGCUGUACUGCCAAGCCACAGCUGGACUCAUGAUGACUGAGCUGCGUAAACUCUCUAGUGAAAACCUUCUCAUCAAAGCAGGUAAGGUUAAAAAUAUCAGCGGUGCAACAAUUUGGAUUAGCUUUUUGUUCUUCUAUCAUGACUUUUCUGUUUUUUUUUUUAUCACCAUGUAGUCAUCGCAGUAAGCAACUUAGCUUGUGGAUUGUACAACCAGCGUCUCUACAACCAGGCCUUCACGUUAGUUGAGAUCCUGUGUAGAAAUCUGAGCAAGAAUGUCCCUGCCUCUCUCUCAGUGGAUAGGGUAAGUUCUUAAAGUGUUAUCUGAUAAUGCAUCACAUGGUCUUAACUUUUUACACAUCAUGGCUGUCAGAACGGGCUUUGCAGUUGGUCUUCACUGGAUUACCUUACUUUUACUCGGAUGUUUUAAAAUAAUCUAAACCUUUAUUGAAUCUGUAGAAUAUUUGUCGUCAUAAUCUGUAUCAUGAUCAUACUUUCUAAUUGUCCAGUUGAGCCGACCCUUCAUGCUAGCUGUGCAGACCUCACGGCGAGCUGGACAACUAGAGCGAGCACUGGAUUGGGUGAUCCUGUGGCUGAAGGCACUGGGGGACAAAAUAACCACACACAUGGCUGAACCGGUCUCACUCUGGGUGAAAACCAAGAUUGAUGCAGCCCGAAACUCAGAAGAGGACAUCCGUCUGAGGUACAGGCUAACCGAUGAAGGGUCUUUCAUACAGCCUUUGUUGUUAUUCAUAACUUUGAGUUAGUGGUAGAACAAGACAACACAUGGGGUACACAUAACAAGAAAUAACACUGCUGGUUUGUUCCAUCCCUUCACAGGACUUUACAUGAUGGUUUUGGUCCUGAUGUCCCAGAUGAGCAAGUAAUGCUCUGCCUUUUGGAGGAAGAGCUGCGUGUGUACAAGGAGGUGGCAGGAGACACAGCCCAGGAGCGUUACAACACUCUGUGUGAUCUGUUGGACAUCUGCCAUGAGGGGAGCUCCCACACCCAUUUACGAGCUGUUUACCUCUGUGAAAUGGCCCAAGUUGUGUGCUACCAGGAUUUCAGUGAACUGACUGACUGGUAAGGAUUUUGGCAGGGACUGAUAUUGAUUUUCAGGGCUGAUACAUAGAUCAGUUUUCAGUAGUUUAUGGGAUUAAAAUGUAAUAUUCAGAAAUGUCGGCAGUCGAUAAAAUAAGUGAAAUUUGAAAGCCCCAUUGGUCUAAAUGAGGCAGCAGCCAACAGUUUUAAUGUUUCUUUCUGUCUUUUAAACUAUGCAGCACUGCAGUUGAUUUUACCCUUGAAGCUUUGCGUCUGCUUGAGGAAGAACAAGAGACUCCUGAAAACACUGAUAGACUGAAGGAUGACAAGGCCCAUGCUUCCCUUUGGCUCUAUAUCUGCACUCUAGAGAAGAAACUCCAGGAGGUUGUUGUCCUUUUUUUAAAGAUUCCUCGAUAAAUAAAAAGUGUCACUACAUUCAUCAUGAAAAAACGAACGAAUGAAAGCGACCAUACUAAAGGCAUUUUAAUGACAUGAACAACCUGUUGACCAAAUUUCUUGUAACUAAUGGUGUAUGUUAAUCUUUUAUUUUUCUUUUUUUCUAGGCCAUUGAAAGAGACAAAAAACAGCGAGAGUUGCGUGAGCAGACCCAAGGUCUAACCAACCCUGAAGUAACCAAUGAUUUUGAUUAUGAGGACAAGCAGAAGACACAAGACAGCUUACUGGUCUACGAAGGCCUGCAUUUUAAUCUGGCUGCAGAAAACAGUAGGAGUGAUUUGUUUUUAUUCCAACCAUCUCACCAUGUGUGAUGUGAUAACAAUAUCUAGAUAAGAAUAAUAACCUGUCAUCAUUUAUUGUGUCUAAGAGAGAUUAUAAAAUGUAAUGUUUUCUAUUUCCUUCAAAGAGUUGUGCAAGCCUUUGGAAAGAGCGCUGGAUAAAUGGUCUGCUCUCCUGCAGAGUAAAGUCCUGCCUUCUAUCAGGAACCCUAAACAGACCUGUAACUCCAUCGCUGUGACUGCAGCGCUCUUCAAACUCAUGGGAAAGGUAAUUCUCACCGAAUGUGUUCAAACUCAUCUGAUACCCAUACCUGGGGUGAAUGUAUCGGCCGAUACCCGAUACCGAUCCAAUACUACUGUUGAAUGAAUGAACUGUAUACCUUGCCCCGUGAGUGAAGGUAUCAGGCUAGACAUUAGUUUCGUUAAAAAUAAGGUAACAAAUUAACACAGAUAUAGAUUUACUUAAUAUCAUUUAUUUACAUAUAACAAAUUGCACAUUAGCACACAGCAAAAAGAAGUAAGACUUCCACGUAUUAAAAGAAAAAUUAAUAAUAAUAAAAAAAAGACCCUGAACGCUGGAUCGGCGUCAUUCAUCCAAUAUCUGAUAUCUGAUCCAAAAUCAGAUUGGUGCAUCCCUAAUUUUAGAUCCUUGCUAUUACGAGCGUUAAUGUGCAUGUUACAUAAUAGAUGUGGCCAAAAAUGCUGUGAUGACAGUUUUGAAAACAUGUCGCCCAUGGUGCAGUGCAAAGUAAAGGCAGUAGAUGGUGUAAAAGCCAAACCACAUGGUGCAGCAUGUCUCAGUCAAAAUCCUGUUGUGGACUCUGUACUGCAGUACGGUUCAUAUUGUGAGGCUGUAGGAAAUACCCAGGCAGGUCAAUUUCUCUUCAAGACCUAAUAAAUUUUGAGCUUCUACCAAAGAAGUUCUGGUUCCUCACAGUUCAUGAAGCAUAUAUAAGAGAAAUGAAGAGAUGUGCAUCAAAGCUGCAGUUAAAGACUUUGAAGAAUAAAAACUUUGAUUUCACGUUGUAUAGUGAAACAGACUGCAUUCCAGUUUAUAUGAAUUUUGUAUCAGAUAGAGACUUUAUCUGUGUAUUGAUUAAGCUCUGUUUCUCAUGUAGCCUCUGAAGGCACUGGAGGCCUACCAACUCUUGGUUGGACUUUCAUGUCAGCUUGCUGAUGGCCACACAUGUGCCAGCGCCCUCUGUCAGUCAGCUAGUAUUCUCCUGGAUAUCGGCACCCCUGAACUGGCUUUGGUAAUAUGUUUUUUUUUUUAUAUAAAUUAUUUGCAACAAACUUCAAUUUACUUUACCUUCUGUAUAUACUUCAAUUUAAUUUAAAUCUCCACUGAUUUUUAGGCUCAACUGGAGCAAGCAGACAAGUUUCUUACCUCUGACUCCACCCCUGAUGGACCGUCCUCUCUCUCCAUGAUGGCCAUUCUGUUGAAAGCUCAAUACUUCUACAACACAGGACAGGUGGAUAACUCGGCUUUUAACAGGAUAUCUCAUAAAUUUAUACACUUGUGUUUUCUUUUCUAAUGUAUUUGGGAUGGGUGAUUCUUUUCAGGUGGGCCUUGGAUUGCCCCAUCUGUGUGAGGUGCUUAAGGAAGUGAAUGAGCAGAGGCAGUCAAAGAGCUGGUACUUGCUGCGUGCUAGAGCGCUACAGACCUGCAGCUCCUAUCUGAGUUUGGACACAACUACACUGCCUCAAGCCCAGCGAAGCGACAUCACACAGCAUGGUUAGCUGACAAUUACUCUAUAAUGAUCUAACGUUGUUUUUUUUUUUUUAUUCCUGAGCUAGCAUUUUUGAGGACAUGGAGAUGAUGUUUCAACUGUAAAUGAAUGUGGGCUUGUUUAUAUCCCAGGUAUUAAAAGCCCAGAUGCUGCCCUAUAUGAGAGUCUGAAGCUUCUGUGCAGCCUGCUCGUGACUUUAGUGGGGAAAGGCCUGUACAGGACGAACAGCAGCAACUCUGACAACUCCCGCUUCAUUGACCAAGGUUUGUUUAAUUAUACCUAUACUGAUAAUGCUGAGUUGAUUUUUGUUUUUGUGCUGGCUGCCAUGUUGAGUCAUUCUCCCCUGGUCUGUGAGCAGGAGAUAACCUGGUCCUGAAGUGGCAGCUGCUCUCAGAGCUGUUGAAAUGCUCUGUGAAGAUGGUGGCUGUGAGGAGCCGAUGUGGGGCCGUCAAUGAUGCCAGGCUCCAGUGCCUGGAAGCUCUCAAACUGGCCACCAAGCUGCAAGCACUCAGCCAGUGAGUAAACACAUGAGAUACAGUGGGCUGAAAUUAGGGAUGUCCUGAUUUGAUAUUGAUAUCGGUCCAUUAUCAACAAAAAAAAAAAGAAUAUUGGAUUAUAUCGGCCAGCAUCUAAAAUCUCCGAUAUCAGCACUCCAAUACAAGCAGUCCAUUGCAGUCCAUGGCAGUAUUUCUGUUUAAGUCCGAAAAAGACGUUGCAGCUGAGUGCAAAACUUGUCAUGCGCAAGUUUGUGUCAAUAUCGGAUCAAUAUUGCAAUUACAAUAUCUGUAUUGUAUCGGAAGUAAAAAAGUUCUAUCAGGACACCCCUAGUUGAAAUUUACUAAAGUAGAGCAGGAGAACUGAUUAUACUGUGCUUUUUCUUAGGAAACUUGUACUGAAUGUAACAUAUAAGGAACUCACAGUGUGUUUACUGUACAUGUAUUUUCCAGCCCUCUUUUGUAUUUUAUUAUUUUAUCCGUUUUAUUUAUUUAUUUUUUACCGUAUCAUGCACCAAAAAUGUACCCAGCUUGCAUGGACUUUACAAAGACACUUAAAUCAGCACAGAUAAGGGCAACACCCCAAGGAGAGACAGAAAAAACUGAUUUACAUAUUUAAACAGUUUACCAUCGAUACCCUCUUUAAGUCCUACUAGUAGGCUCGUUCUUGGUGUCAUUCUAAUUUUCUUACAUUAAAAAGAGUCACUUAAUGAUAGAUAUUUUUCACUUUUUGCCAACACUGUACCUAAACUCUACAUUUCAGCAUUUUUUUUCAUUAAUUAUUUGAAUCUACUGAUGAAUAUGUGGCUACUAAGCAUAUUUUGUCCAUGUGUUUUUUGUUCUGUAGAUGCUCUGAGCUGCUGGUGAUGAAGGCUGAGUUGGAGUUGAUGCAAGGGGAGAGAGAGGAAUGUGCGUUUGAUUUAGACAAAGUCAGAAAUCUCCUCGAGCUUUGCACAGGUCAGUUGCUCGCACAGUAACACCAGCUUAUAAAAGUGCCAGACGUUGAUUUCAUACUAUUUCCUGGCUUUCAUUAAAUGUGUACUGUGACAGAUUGUCUACUUAUUAUUAUUUAUUUUUUUAAAUGCUCAUGUUCUCCCUCUCUCUCUCGCCACUCAGAUUUUUCUGAUCAGGUGAAAAGGUCAGAAGUGAAAAUCCAACCCAGGAAAGGUUGUCCAGCAAAGAAAUCUCAGUCUCCUCUUCCUCCCUUGGAUGAGGAUGAUGAUGAUAAGGGUAUCCUCAGCACCAGGUGGAUUUCAAAAGAACCUGUUGUGGGGGAUCUUACCAGCUCUCCAACCUUCAAAGCUCAACCUAUCCGCUGGCUCUCCUCCUUGGCACAUGAGACUGACUGUCAUUGCCACUGCUGUUCGGAGCCCUGUUUGAGCCGUGCCACAGCUCGCUGGGCAGCCACACGGGCGGAUCUGGUUCUCGCAUCAGACCCGAAUGGUGCUCGAGUCAGUUUGAAGCUUCAGUGGGCUGCAUUGACCCGUUGUAAGAGUGUCUCUUCCAAACUUGGAGAAAAAUUGGCAAAACUUUUCCCUCCCCGUGGCCCCAUGAAAGGUGUCUACAAACCCUCCCUGAUGCAGGAUUUAGUGGGUCGUGUGUAUCUUCGAAUGUCUCUAUCUGGGCUAGAACCCGGGUCAAACAAGAUCUGUGGUAUCUGGAAAAUACUGGAGUCUGGUUUAGCGUUUGUGGAAUCUACACCCUCUCCUGACCUUAGACCUGUUAGAGCAGGUCUACAGGCAACCAAAGCCAUCGUGUCAUUGGUUACCUUGGCUGCCAAAAAGGGCUGCAACCCAGAGGAGCUUUUCUCAAGUGUUUGGACUUGGAAUGCACCAAAAAUGGAGAAAGAGGUGAAAUCAGAGCACAAAGUGGUGCCUCCCUCAACAGCCAUUAAGAAGCCUAAAGAGUCCAUUAAACACCCAGAGAUCCCUGACAAAAAAACAGAGGUGAAGAAGAGUAGGGUUGUCAAGCCUAAGAUCCAAGUGACAAGCUCUUCUUCCAAAGGAAAAGGAUUGGUUCCCAUGACACCUGUGACAGUGAAGUCAAAACCCUCUGUUCGGGACCUCAGCUCUUUUGACUUCAACACAGUGGUCCCUACUUUGGCCUGUACUCCUGUUCAAAGAGUGAAAGCUCCUGCUUCAAUACAGAAAGCACCGAGGACUGCUCCAAAACUGCAGUUUCAAGUGUAUGAAGAGCUGUCUCCACCUCCAGCCCAGCCUGUGCCUGCUGCCCCGAGACGCACAAAGAAAUCACUUUUUAAGGUCAGUAUCUUUCAGAUAAACAGGCCUUACUGAUGGUAAUUUCCAUAAGAUCAGAGGCACUCAGAGGAUCAUUCAGUUUUAAAAGCCUUUUAUUUUUGUGGGAUCUUGGCGGAUCUUGAAUUUUCAUCAUCUGAAGUACAUUUUCACCCCACUGGCCCAGUUUCAGAAACUUAAACACAUCUGUGUGACUGAUGAAGGUUCUGGAGGAAAAAAGCUGAAGAUAACAGCCAAACACCAGGAUAUGGUGUCGCUUUUAAUGUAUAAAUUUAGAAUCACUCUCCACCUCUUAAUAUUUCUGAUGUGUUCAAUGCCUGGUAUCUUUCAGAGGUGCAGUUGCCAUGUUGCAGUUUCAUUGUAGUUUUAAGGUGUGGGGUUCUGUGGAUUGCCUGUCCGUAUAGCGUUUUUAUGUGCAACUAAUCUUGCUUAUAGUUUUUGUUCAUGUCUCUGAAAAAUGUCUUCUUUUUAUUAAUGUGGUGUUUAGGUGGAGUUCAGCGAUGAAAGCGACACAGAAACAAACACCCGGGCAGAGCCCAAAGAAAAAACUGAAGUUCCUAAAAGGCAGACCGCAGCAAAAAGAGCAGGAAGAGCACAAAGCAGUAAAACAUCUUCAGAUCCUCCUGCAGAGAAGGUCCAACCCAAGAGGCAGACCAGGGGUAAGAAGAGCUGUGUAGCAGCUCGGGUCACCUCCUCUGAAGAUGAGACUUCAACCUGCCUGCCUGUCCCAACAAGAAGAGGAAGACCCAGAAAGGAGCCAUCAAGGGCUGAGGCAGAUUCCCUGGAAGAGCCCGACAAAAUGAGGACCAUUGAUGAGGAAACUACAGAUGUUCUGGAUAUAAGCAUUGAGCAGCUCAGAACAUCAGACACUGAAGAGAAACCUGCUUUAAGUAAAGAUAUUGGUGAGUACCAUGGAGACUAGGGGUGGGACGAUAUUAUCACGAUGCUUGGGCUACAACAUAUUAUUAUGAUUUUUAACAUUUUUCAAUACAGUGAGUAUUGUGAUUCAUACAGUUUUUUUCAACUGUUAAGCUAAUUUAGCAUUUGUCUUUCCUUUAUGUUUGUCUUAUUUACGUUGUAUUUUAUUUUCAUGUAGCACAUCUACAAACCUCAUAUACACUACCGUUCAAAAGUUUGGGGUCACCCAAACAAUUUUGUGUUUUCCAUGAAAAGUCACACUUAUUCACCACCAUAUGUUGUGAAAUGAAUAGAAAAUAGAGUCAAGACAUUGACAAGGUUAGAAAUAAUGAUUUGGAUUUGAAAUAAAAAAAAAUUUCCAUCAAACUUUGCUUUCGUCAAAGAAUCCUCCAUUUGCAGCAAUUACAGCAUUGCAGACCUUUGGCAUUCUAGCUGUUAAUUUGUUGAGGCAAUCUGGAGAAAUUGCACCCCACGCUUCCAGAAGCAGCUCCCACAAGUUGGAUUGGUUGGAUGGGCACUUCUUGCGUACCAUACGGUCAAGCUGCUCCCACAACAGCUCAAUGGGGUUCAGAUCUGGUGACUGCGCUGGCCACUCCAUUACCGAUAGAAUACCAGCUGCCUGCUUCAGCUCUAAAUAGUUCUUGCACAAUUUGGAAGUGUGUUUAGGGUCAUUGUCCUGUUGUAGGAUGAAAUUGGCUCCAGUCAAGCGCUGUCCACUGGGUAUGGCAUGGCGUUGCAAAAUGGAGUGAUAGCCUUCCUUAUUCAGAAUCCCUUUUACCCUGUACAAAUCUCCCACCUUACCAGCACCAAAGCAACCCCAGACCAUCACAUUACCUCCACCAUGCUUAACAGAUGGCGUCAGGCAUUCUUCCAGCAUCUUUUCAUUUGUUCUGCGUCUCACAAACGUUCUUCUUUGUGAUCCAAACACCUCAAACUUGGAUUCAUCCGUCCACAACACUUUUUUCCAGUCUUCAUCUGUCCAAUGUCUGUGUUCUUUUGCCCGUCUUAAUCUUUUUCUUUUAUUGGCCAGUCUCAGAUAUGGCUUUUUCUUUGCCACUCUGCCCUGAAGCCCAGAAUCCCGCAGCCGCCUCUUCACUGUAGAUGUUGACACUGGUGUUUUGCGGGUACUAUUUAAUGAAGAUGCCAGUUGGGGACCUGUGAGGCGUCUGUUUCUCAAACUAGAGACUCUAAUGUACUUAUCUUCUUGCUCAGUUGUGCAACGCGGCCUCCCAUUUCUUUUUCUACUCUGGUUAGAGCCUGUUUGUGCUGUCCUCUGAAGGGAGUAGUACACACCGUUGUAGGAAAUCUUCAAUUUCUUAGCAAUUUCUCGCAUGGAAUAGCCUUCAUUUCUAAGAACAAGAAUAGACUGUCGAGUUUCAGAUGAAUGUUUUUUUUUUCUGGCCAUUUUGAGCAUUUAAUUGACCCCACAAAUGUGAUGCUCCAGAAACUCAAUCUGCUCAAAGGAAGGUCAGUUUAGUAGCUUCUGUAACGAGCUAAACUGUUUUCAGAUGUGUGAACAUGAUUGCACAAGGGUUUUCUAAUCAUCAAUUAGCCUUCUGAGCCAAUGAGCAAACACAUUGUACCAUUAGAACACUGGAGUGAUAGUUGCUUGAAAUGGGCCUCUAUACACCUAUGUAGAUAUUGCACCAAAAACCAGACAUUUGCAGCUAGAAUAGUCAUUUACCACAUUAGCAAUGUAUAGAGUGUAUUUCUUUAAAGUUAAGACUAGUUUAAAGUUAUCUUCAUUGAAAAGUACAGUGCUUUUCCUUCAAAAAUAAGGACAUUUCAAUGUGACCCCAAACUUUUGAACGGUAGUGUAUAUAUUUGUUGUACUAACUUUCUCCAGCUCUAUGAUGUCACCUCUGCCAAACUCCCUGACAAACAGUUGAUUUUAUUUUUCUAUUAUCAUAGAUUUGACUUUAUAUAAGCUAUUAAUUUGAAAAAUCGAUAUUUGUUAAAUGAGACGAUACGAUAUAUCACCAAACAAAAUAUCGCGAUACUAUGCUGUAUUGAUUUUUUUCUCCCACCCCUAAUGGAGACAUGCCGAAAACUAUUUGUUUUAGAAUUAUUUCACAAUAUUUGUUUGCUACAUAAUUCCACUUGUCUUGCUUCAUAGUUUUAAUGUUUUCAGUAUUUGUCAACAAUGUGGAGAGUAAUAGAAAUAAAGAAAAAACAGUGAGUGAGGAGGAGUCAAACUUUUAACUGGUAGUGUAUGCAUAUAUGGUUGAUCACAGUAUUUCCUAACCUGAAAAUGAAGGCCUAAUCACUUAUCCCUUUUUUAACUCUCCAAAGACAUUGAUUUUGAGGUGCUAAGGCGAGACAUGUGCUGUGAUUUGGAGAGAGACGACCUUUCCGAACUAAGGAUCAGAGACCAUCUUCGGGACGGACCGCAAACCCACCUGUCUCAUCCAGACACCAGGCCAGGUAAAACUUUCCAGAGUGGUACAUGUUCUUCUUUAAAACAACUCAACCCUUUGUAGGAUUAUCACCGAUAAUAUGUAGUGUGAGGAAAAUGAGAGAUCCUUUACAGCUUAAACUUCUUAACCAAUUGCAAUUGUUAUUUUCAUCUUUUAUUAGAUAAUCUUUCUCUGGAGGAUCUACAGUCUCUGCUCCACUCAGCCUGGUUAGGUCUUCAGCAUCUCCCCUCCCCCACCAUCUACACGACAGUCAGUUCUCUUCUGGCUUUGACCACGGGACAUCAGGACCCCAAAACUACAGCAAUGCUGCACGCCCAGUCCUUGGGCAUCACCAGCCGCCAUCGCACAAUCAGGCAUUUGGCCAGUUGUCUCAAGUAAGCACGUCAACAUGUGAAGUCAGGGUCUAUGUAUCAGUCUAUCUCAGGGAAUAUUAAUACUCUUUUACAUUACAUAAAAAAAGCAUGUUUUGAUAUCCGUGGUCAUUUUCUUUCAGAAAGUUGAGAAAGGUGUCCACGGACCUUGUAGAAAAGAUCGAUGCUCUGAACCUAGACGAAUCCAGUCCGAGCAAGUCCAAGAAUUCAAGCGAACAAAAGCUGUUUCAGUUGGAGAACAUUUUCUCCUUCCCAACUUUUGAUCCCUCCACUUUCCCCGAGAGCCACUGCGAAGAGUUUAUGAAACAGAUUGGACAACUUCCCCAAGGUAAUGCACUCUGCUACUGUAAAUACCGUCACAGAGUGUCUACAUCGAUGUUAAAAUCAUUUUCAUUGCAGAUACUUUUGCACCUGAUAAGAUACAUUUAGAUCACCUCGUGCAUCCCUUUUCUCUUGCUCAGGAGUGACGGUGUGUUUGAUGUCUGUGCUUGGAGUCAAACCUGGUGAAAUAGGUGACAGCAUCAUGCUGACACGCUUCGGGAAAGGAUCAGACCCCGUCACUGUUCACUUCCCCACCUCUAAACAGCAGGUGAAGAUGGUAAAAAAAUACUAUAAGAAAAGCUGUACACUGAGCUCAGACGGGUACAGGGAGUGCAUCACGGCUUUAGCUAAAUAGAGACACUGCUCACUUCACAGCUUUGCCAUGUUAACACAGCUAUCUUUUACCGAUAGUACAAAAUAUCUUGGCUGAAAGAGAAAAUACCUGCUGCUGCUCUGGUUUUGAUUUAAACGUAAAGUCACCUUUGAAAAUAAUAGCUGUGGAGUUUAGAAAAGAAAAAGCCGACAUCCAUCCAUAAUGGUGAACUUGCUUUGUGUUAAGACCGAUUCAAAACCUUGGUUAUCCAUGUUUGAUGUUUUUUGUCAUUUUGUGUUUCAGGUUUCAUGAUAAUGUCCAAGAAUUCUCACCAUUUUUGUCUCUUUGUGUGAUGCAGCACCCCAUAAGUUGGCUGGUGCAGGAGAUCGAUCGUAUUCAGGUGGAACAGAAAGUUGUGAGCUGCGUCUCUGAGAAAGUCAAGUGGUGGGAGGGUCGCAGGGCGCUGGACUCACGUGUUGAGGUAGGUUGUAUAAAGGCAGGAUACUUGUUGGGGGGGUCUCAGUGAGGAGCUUGACAAUCGCUGUUUUAUUUUGCUUUGGUGAAAAAUUGUCCCGUAAAAGUUCAAACUUCCCCUCGCUAUUCCAGCAACUACUGGAGGACAUUGAGGGACUGCUGGGAUGCUGGAAGAGCUUUCUUCUCCCCCUUUCUUCAGAUCCUGAAAUCUUCAAACAAGCCCGGCACCUUUGCAAAUCACUCUCUGCAAGGGGAGUAACAGUCAGUGAGGAGAUGCUGAAGGUAGAUGAUUUUUGUUUUCGCCAAAUAAAUCUUUGAGCAGAAGCAUUUGACUUUUAGUCAUGUUUCUGUUUCUAAUGCACAAGUGCAAGCAAUGACUACAAACCACAAACCUUCAUAUUGUGUGUUUCAGACUGUGCUUUCAGCUUCUUCUGUGCUCACCAAAGAAGACCUCAGACAGUUUGCUCUUGGAGUGUCUCCUCAGUGGGACAUGGAUUGUGACCAGCUUCUUCAGACAGCUGUGUCCCAGCUCACUGAGAGGAACAAGCCCCACGGUCAUGUGGUUCUCAUUCUGGACAAGGUUUCUUCAAUCACUUCUAUCAGAUAUUAAAAUGUCCCAUAUCAAGGUUUGUACGAGGUGAGACUUUUUUUCUCUCUUUUGCAGUAUCUUCAGAAGUUGCCAUGGGAGAGCAUCUCCAUCUUGAGAUCAGGCUCUGUCAGCAGGAUGCCUUCUCUGUAUUCUCUCAUUGGACUAAACAUUCAAAAAGAGGUGAGAUUAAGCUCUAUGGCUCAGACGUCACUUACCUUUUAACACACCUCUGUAGUAGUUACAUAUAUUGUUAUUUAAAUGCUCUCUUUUAGGCCGACUCUGGGUCCAUCCUGAAGUGUGGUGUAAAUACAAGGCAGGUGUUUUAUGUGCUGGACCCUGAUGCCAAUUUGGGAAACUCCCAAGAUCGAUUUAAGGAAUGGUUCAGCAGGUGAGACUAAUUCCCCCAAGUGUUUAAUUAGUAAUUUAUUUCUGUCAAGGCUUGCUUUUCUUCCAUUUAACGACAUAACUCUUCUGAUUAAAGUAAACUGGACUGGGAGGGUGUGUGUGGAGUUGCUCCUGACUUGAGUCGGCUUGAGGAGGCUGUUGCAACCAAAGAUCUAUACAUGUAAGUUGAUAUUUUACUGUUUAAAAUCAUCUUAUUUUUUAUUAGGCUCUUAGAUAAAAUACUCACUUGUUUUUAAAUAUCGCAUCAGUCUGCCUGUUAUGGACUCUGAGUCUGAAAUAGCAUUUGAAUUAAAUUGUUUGUGUCUUAGUUUUGUGGGUCACGGUGCUGGCGCUCGAUUUCUGGACAGCCAAGCAGUCCUGAAACAGCAGAUGAGAGCAGCUGCUCUGCUCUUUGGCUGCAGUAGUGCUGCUUUGGCAGUGCGUGGGGAUCAGGAAGGACAAGGCAUCAUCCUCAACUACCUCAUAGCUGGAUGGUGAGCUAUCUGUCUUAACUCCCUUGAUCAAGAGUCAGUCAGAGCCAUACUGACAGUGCACAUUUAUAUCAAGUAUUUGUAUACAGGCAGAUUCAUGAAGCGCUGACUGGUUUGAGAAAUACGAGCAAGUCACUCAAGGACUAUUACAGCAACACAGAGCAUAUUCUUGGAUUAUAUCCGUUCUCUAUAUUGUCUACAAUAGUUUCCUGUGUUUUCUUUUUCACUUCAGCCCCUUUAUUUUGGGAAACCUGUGGGAUGUCACAGAUCGAGACAUUGACCGUUUCACUAAAUCCUUGUUGGAGUCCUGGUUGUCUGCUGGUUCUGGAGCCCCCCUCCUAGAUUACAUGGGCCCAUCACGUCAGGCCACACACCUGAAACACCUCAUAGGAGCUGCACCUGUGGUCUAUGGCCUACCAGUUUACCUGCAGUAG